AUGUACAAGACGGUAAGACACGGUGAGAACAGUCUCCAGUACACUAUACUGCCUCAAACCGAAGAAAUUCUUAACAACAGUGGCUUGAAAGGAAAAGGCCGUGAUUACAGCCCCUCAAUCCAUGUAAGACGUUCUAGAAGAAAGUCGGCGUUUAAAUAUAUUUUACUAAUAAUAGUUGGAAUUAUAAUUGCGUUAGCUUUUGCAUCAGUGCCACUUUACGUUCUUAAUGGUGCCCUGUAUGCUCGAAGAAUUCAGCACGAUCAACAUGAAAUUAUGACUACAGCGCCACUAACACCAGCGGGUCGAGAGAUAGUUAAAUCACGGAAAAAGGAAUUAAAACUUGCGUCUGAAGUAUUGUCAACUAUUAAUUCAAAAUUAGAAACCAGUGUAGCAUCAACAACAACGACAAGCACUUCCACUACUACAAUUCCAACGACAAUAGUUAGCGAAAGAGCAACAACACCACCCUGGACUAUGCCUGCUCUACGAUCAUGGAAGUUUUCGUCGGCUUCUACAACUAUACAACCGAUUCCGACGGAGGAUAAUGCAGAAAUACACCUUGUGGGAUCGCCCUCUAGUAGUGUUCGAUUGUUGGAUCAUUACAUGUCGAUGAAGCCCUGGGAUAAAGAUAUUAUUAUAAAACCUACAGUGACAGCUGAACCGAUCACGAUCCGGAAUGUUUUCAGAUAUUAUUCUCGUGCCUUCAAUCCAUCAGAAAAACCAGUUACUGUAAAUUCAAAAAUAUUUGAUGACGUUUUAAUUACUACAAAGUCUACAACUACUCAAACUCCUAUGACUACGGAGUCAACGAAAAUAACUGACAAAUUUAUAAUGAAAGAUUUAAAAGAAACAAUUUUGUCUGUAGAUGACGAUGAUGAAUUUAAGGACUCAUUGGAAGUCGACGAAGUUUUUUCUCUGCCUCCUCUGAAGCCGGACUCUGCGGUGCCGGGAACGGAUUCGGACGAGGUAACAGUUUCGAAAGCGAGUGACAGUGGCUGGUACGGUGCGAGGUGGCCUUUCGUCGAUACGUCAUCUUACUUCCAAUGGACGGGUUAUUCAUCCGGAGACAACUUACUCUUACCGCUACUAGUCGCGGCUUUAUCUUCAGUCGCUCUGGUACUACUCUUAGCGCUGGCCGUGAGACGCCGAAAGAGAUCUACCACAGCUUCCGCACAGAUUGGAAAGUUAACCGCCGACCUACAAGCAGAUGACAACACUAACUUGUUGACCGCAGAGAACCCAGAAGAGAUCGAGGAAUAAGGUCAACACGAAUUGCUUUUUGCCUGCUAAAUACCUCAUGUCACUCGCAGAAGGUUUGGUCGAAUAGAACGUCUUAAAGGUUACUUUUAAAGAAAUCCGCUUCUAUUUUUUAAGCAAACAUAACUACUUACAUUAAAAAUGUCGUCAAUAAUUGUACCCCAUAUCACUUAAUGCUACUGUUUAAACUAUACCAUCUACAUAAUUAUCAAAAGGAUAAAAAUUAUCUUUAUGUAAAUUAUAAAUAAACGUCUCACACUAUAAAAGUAAAAUAUAUAAUAAAUGUUAUAUUUUGACGAUAUAAUGUAAGAGGGAACUUCUCUAAUUAUAAAUUUCGUAAAUAAUGGAAUUGAGAGUGAAAAA